AUGUCCACCAGCUCUGUCCUGCGCGCCCUGCCGCGCGCCAUUGGCCGCACCGCUGGCUUCCGCGCCGCUCGCCCUUCGACCGUCCUCCGAGUCAGCUACGCCCCGGCUUUCUCGACCGCACGAGUCCUCAAGGCCGACAACGCUGACGGACACGGACACGAGGAGAGCUUCGAGGAGUUCACUGCCAGAUACGAGAAGGAGUUCGAUACCGUCCAGGAUGUCUUUGAGCUGCAGCGUAACCUCAACAACGCCUUCGCAUACGAUCUCGUUCCAUCGCCAUCCGUGCUCGUUGCUGCCCUGAAGGCUGCAAGACGCGUCAACGACUACCCCACCGCUGUCCGUGUCUUUGAAGGCAUCAAGGCAAAGGUCGAGAACAAGAACCAAUACGAGCAGUACCUCGAGGAGCUGCGCCCGAUUCGCGAGGAGCUCGGCGUUGAGCUGAAGGAGGACCUCUUCCCAGAGGAGUCCAAAUAGAUGACAAAAUCUGUGUAAUCGAAGGAGUGGGCAGGGGUAAUGAUCAGUCGCAUAGAGCUUCUUGGAAUUACUAUGGGGAGGAAAGAAGAUGGUUUGUAGGAUGGGGGGGUGUAGGUGAGGUGGAGAUGUGGAACUAGAGCGAUUUUCUUAACUGUAUAGUCGGUGGUUGUACUAUGAACUCAUUAAACGGGUGUCCAUAUAUACGCUUCUCGUCUCUUGUCUCGGCUCUCCUUGCCAGUGACCUUUCUCCCUUUUUGCGUGCAAGGAGUGAUGUCGUACGUUUGGUGAUCCAACGCGUGUGGUUGCAUCAUAUAAAGACUUACGAACAGGACUCUUCGUUUAUCGGGCAGUAGGAUAGGGCAUCAACGAUCAUCACGUCACCAGAAACCUAGAACCUGUCAUGGGCCAUGUUAGUACCAUUCAUCGGACCGAAAUGGACUGCUGAGAAAGCGAAUAGCG